AUGGAUGGAGGAAAACCUAUGAACCAAGAAGAACACAACCUGCAAUGCGCCUGCGUCAAGUGGUUCGCAUACCAGCACCCCGAACUGCAAGGCCUCCUUUUCGCCGUCCCCAACGGAGGAGCGAGGAGCAAGGCCACGGCGGGCAAGCUCAAGGCCGAGGGCGUCGUCGCCGGAGUCGCCGACCUUAUCCUGCUGGUGCCGCACAUCGAGGAAGGGUGCCGCUAUAUGUGGCACGCCCUCUGCAUCGAGAUGAAGACCGAGACGGGGCGGCAAUCGUCCGAGCAGGGGCUCUGGCAGCUCAAGGUGGAGAAAUACGGCUAUAAGUACGCCGUCUGCCGCAGCCUCGAAGACUUCAUCUCUACCGUCGAAGGAUAUUUGACCCAAAGCGGGGAAAGUCCCCGCUCCGUGGGAAGCCACGACUGA